AUGGCCACCGAAACAAACGCCGUCGUCUCAGACGACAAACACAUCCCAUCAGACUCGGCAUCCGCCUCUCCGUCAGAAGACGUACCCGUCUCCAAUGUCGGCAAUGUAGUACAAUCCCAGGGCGUAACACGCAUGGAAGCCGUAUAUCGUGAGGCCAAAGAAAACCGCAAGACAUUCUACCUCGUCGGCAUAUCUGUGCUCGUCUGCGCGUGGGCAUACUCCCUCGACUCAUCCACCACGAGCUACUACAGCAUCGACGCAUCAGGCUACUACAAGCAGCACAGCAGUGUGCUCUCCACACUCUCCAUAGCAACUAGCAUCAUUGGUGCGGUGGCGAAGCCCUUCAUCGCCAAGAUUUCAGACAUCACCUCCCGGCCGUAUACUUACACGCUUGCCCUGUUCUUCUACACGGUGGGAUAUAUUGUUGCCGCGACGUCGACCUCUGUGUCUGCGUAUAUUGUGGGCGAGGUGUUUGUGGCGAUAGGCGGCUCGGGCUUGGAUCUCACGAAUGAUAUUAUUGUUGCGGAUUUGACGCCCCUUGAGUGGAGGGGCUUUGUGAGCUCCCUGCUUUCCACGCCGUUUAUUAUUAAUACUUGGUUUGCGGGCAAGAUUGUCGAUGCUAUUACCGCGAGGAAUCAGUGGAGGUGGGGAUAUGGUAUGUUUGCCAUCAUCAUGUCCGCGGCUCUUGGACCGGCCAUCAUUACACUCAUCUACCUUGACCGACGGGCCAAGAAGAACGGUAUUGUGAACAUGGCGUCUAGCAAUGCUGCCAGACGAGCAGCCAGGGAUCUUGCCUCUGAAGAAGGCAAAGAAGCGCCUCACGGUGUAGUCGUUGCUCCUGCUGCUGCAUCCUCCGAGACUUGGGGCCAGGUGCUCAUGAGGAACUUUCAUGAGAUUGACGCCUUUGGCCUUAUCCUUCUUGGCUUCGGAUGGUCCUUACUGCUGCUGCCGUUCUCAUUAAAAACGUACGCCCAGCACGGAUGGCGCAACCCCUCGCUGAUUGCGAUGAUGGUUGUAGGAGGAUUAUUGCUCAUUGCGUACGUGGUGUAUGAAAUCAAAUUCGCCAAAAUGCCAAGCGCACCACGACGCCUCAUCUUCAACAAGACGUUCAUCAUGGCCGUCAUCAUUGACAGCUUCUACAUGCUGGCCGGUCAAAUGCGCGGCCUCUACUGGUCUUCAUACGUCCUCAUCGCCAAACCAUGGAGCCACCAAGACUGGGUAUACUACGGCAACACGCUCACUCUCGCACUCUGCAUCUUCGGCGUGGUAGCCGGCCUCAUCCAGCGCUGGACGCAUCGCUACAAAGCCCUCCAGCUGUUUGGCCUGUGUCUCAAAAUCAUCGGCAUGGGCAUCCUCCUCGACGGCCGGCGCGCCACCAACAACACCGCCGCCAUGGUAAUCUCCAUGGUCAUGAUUGGCGCGGGCGGUGCCUUCUCCGUCGUCGGAUCUCGAGUAGCGUCGCAGGCCGCCGUGCCGCAUCAGGACGUUGCUCUUGCGAUAUCCCUCCUCGCGCUGUGGUCCAAGAUUGGGAGCGCGAUAGGGAGUGCCGUCGUCGCGGUGAUUUGGUCGUCCCAAAUGCCGGGUCUGCUUCGUGAGCAUUUACCCGCGAGUGCGACGGAGAAGGACGUCAAGAAGAUUUUUAAUAAUGUCAAGGCUGUGAGGGAGUUGUAUCCGUUUGGGUCGCCUAUGAGGGAGGGUGUUGUGGAGGCGUAUAGGAGGACGUUGUAUUAUGCGUUGGCGCCGGCGUUGGCGUUGGCGUUUAUCCCGCUUGUGGCGGCGUGUUUUCAGACGAACUUUUAUUUGGGGAAGCAGCAGAAUGCGGUUACGAAUGUUGGCAACGAUGGGCUGCCUGUUAAGGAGAGAGAGGGUGAGCAUGUGAAGAGUAAGAAGGAUGCGUUUUUGAAGUUUUGGGCUGGAAAGUAG